UUCCGGCGUGCGUGGGCGGGGCUCCGGGUCUCUUUCCUGGGAUCUCUGCAGCCAGCAUGGAAGCAAAGACUCUUGGAAGUGCAACGCCCAGAAAACCUGUCUUAUCUGUCAGUGCAAGGAAAAUUAAGGACAAUGCAGCUGAUUGGCAUAAUUUAAUCCUGAAAUGGGAAACCCUCAAUGAUGGAGGUUUUGCUACUGCAAAUAAUAUUGCCAACCUGAAAAUCAGUUUAUUGAGCAAAGACACGAUAGGAUUAGAGAGCAGCAGCCUGGCUUCUGAUGAAAAUGCAGAAAAGGAGCACCCAGAAUACAGCAGGGAGCUCGAGAUGCUGUGCGAGGGGCUGCAGACCACCCUGGAUGCUUUGACCAAAAUACAGAUGAAAAUGGAAAAGCUGUCUUCCACUACCAAGGGGAUUUGUGAACUAGAAGAUUACCAUUAUGGGGAGGAGAGAAAACGGCCCCCCCUGUUCCACACGUGGCCCACAGCCUAUUUUUACGAGGUCUCCCGCAAGCUCUCUGACAUGUACGGCCGGGAGCUCCGCCUGAAGCGCACCGUCGUGGAGCAGCUGGCGCACACGGCCGACCGUGACCUGGCCCUGAGCUACCUGUCCAUGUGGCUGCACCAGCCCUACGUGGAGGGCGACAGCAGGCUGCUUCUGGAAAGCAUGCUGCUUGAAACCGGGCACCGAGCGCUGUGACCUCCCAGUGCGGCUCCGCGCUCCUCCGGGCUCUGGACCUCAGCUUCUGCAGCUCCCACGGCGGACGGUCUUUCGGGUGGGCCCUGUGCCGCACCCUGAUCACGCCCCUGCCGCACCCCGGGAUCACGGCCCCUGCCUUACGCCGGGGUCACGGCCCCUGCCGCACCCCGGGAUCACGGCCCCUGCCUUACGCCGGGGUCACGGCCCCUGCCGCACCCCGGGAUCACGGCCCCUGCCACACCCCGGGAUCAUGGCCCCUGCCUCACCCCAAUCACGGCCCCUGCCGCACCCCGGGAUCACGCCCCUGCCGCACCCCGGGAUCACGGCCCCUGCCACACCCCGGGAUCAUGGCCCCUGCCUCACCCCAAUCACGGCCCCUGCCGCACCCCGGGAUCACGGCCCCUGCCUUACGCCAGGGUCACGGCCCCUGCCGCACCCCGGGAUCACGCCCCUGCCGCACCCCGGGAUCAUGGCCCCUGCCUCACCCCAAUCACGGCCCCUGCCGCACCCCGGGGUCACGGCCCCUGUCGCAACCUGGGAUCUCACCUGUGCUCUGGCUCAGCCACCCACUGACCUUAGGAUCUUCCAGACCUGAUCAUUUCACCAGCUCUCUGCGGUUAUCGCUGCUGCCUGCCGUCCACCACUCAGCGUCAUCUGCACCUACUGUGAAUUUGUCACUAUGAAGACUUCUGCCCGAAAUAAAUGAAUUCCUCAACAGAAUGACUAAGUGAUCUUGUUUUUGUAAAUUAGGUGUAUUUUACAUAGAUUACAUUUACUUAGAAAAUCCCUGGUUUAAUAUUUUUGCGUAUUGUUUAAACUGUGGGACCGUAUUAGUUUUGUAAUCACAACUAACCUUUAAAGUACCGUAGAGUCACUGAGCAAAGACCAGCAUCAUGGAAAUGAAAACUGGCUACCAAAACAUUACCCCUAUUUUUGUACUGAGGCUGCGACAGGCCAAGUGAAGUGUCUUCCAUGUCAUUCUCUGGGCAUAAAUCCUAUAGUUUGGCAAUAUUUGCAACCAGAUAUCCAGGGUCAGUCCUGCCAUUGCUCCCCAGAAACAGAAAUCUAAGAAACUUCAUGCUGUGUGAUACAGGUUGUAGCCUCAUGGAACUGAACUUCUAGCAUCCCAGGCAAAGAAAGAAAAUAUUCCCAAAAUAAAAGACUUUAUAUAUCAUGGGAAUGUAUUUUGAGCGAAAGGAUAUCUCACUGUGUAAGUUGGCAUAGCCAAAGCAUUUAAAGGCAACAUGUCUCAGAAUUUCUCUUUCCUUUGCAGUAUUUAUUAAAAUCUAACCAUCAGAAAAGCAGCCUGUCAGAUGUCCUGCUGUCUGGAAACCGCCUGGUCAGCAUUCGGCAAAAGUGGCACCCUGCCCCCUGCGUCCUGCGGCUUAGACAGCAGGCUGCACUCCUGAGCCAGACAGGCGGGACGGGGCCCUCCGAGGCACGAGGUCAGUUUUAUGUUUGGGGUGGGGUGUGGUUACUUAAAGAACAAAUGCUCUUCAGAGGAGACCCUGAAGAAUUUCUAGCCCUUUCUAGGACGUUUCCUGUGUUCGUGAUGCCUCGUCCUCGGACACCCAGGUUGCCCAGAAGAACUAAUGGAAACGAUCAGUGCUGCUGAUGCCAAAACCCCACCUCUGUGCACUAGCACUGAACUGAAUCUCAGAGACAGAGUUUGGGGUGAAGAAGAAAAGAAUAGCUUUAUUGCUUUGCCAGGCAAAGGGGGCAGCAGCGGGCUAAUGCCCUCAAAACUGUGUGUCCCAACCUGGGGUGGGCUGCUGGUAAGGAUGAGAGUGUGUGCAGGCCCCCGUUCCUUCAGUCCAAGUAUCUGGCAUCCUCGAGCUGCGGCCUCUCUGGAAUAGAGUGCUUAGUCAGGUAGUUAACGUCUUCUGUUUGUUGGGGGUUUUAGCUCUGCAGAAGAGCUCCAAGGUAUUGUUCUGUGUAUCCCUUGAGGAGGAACCAGGACCCUGCCCUAAGGCUGCACUAUUGUUUCUUGACUACUCCUCUUGUCUCUGCAUCCCCUCCGUUCCCUGAUUAGCGGCUGUUUGAACCUGCCCUUUGGAACUCGGGGAAGGCCAUGGAAGCUGAAUGAAACCAAUCUCCUACAAACAAGAAAUGGGUGACAUGGAAGGACUUGUGCCCAGGAGUCCCACAGGGUCCUGCUCCGUUUCACUGCAAAGGACAAACAAGUGAAUGAGCCAGGUGUCCAGUGGCAUUAGCCCAGGGGUCCCUCACACAGCGGAAGAGGCAUCAGAUGGAUGGAAGAGCUCUCGGCUGUUGAGUUUGCUGAGUUCCAAAGUCAUUACACAACUAUAGGACAAUUUCUAUCUGAAAGGAACAAUGAAGCCAUUGGAGAACCCAUAUUAGACUUCUAGGCAUAGUGGAUUGAUCACCAGAUAUCUCCUCUGCCUCUGGAAAUCUUGCGAAAUAGACAGUAAAGAAAUAUUAACAGGUAGAAUCCACAAAAACAGAACUGGGAUGGGGAAGCAGUUCAAGAUGAAUUCACGAUAAGUACAUUUAAUGAAAACUAAAAAAAAAUUCCCUCCCUCUCUCUUUCCAGGAAACACAAAAGCUUAGACAAACCAUGAAAGGAAUCACAAGGUACCGAACACAGCACAGCUGUGAACAACAGUGAUAAUGUGACCUCUGUUGAUCAACCACUCACGCCAUUCACCAAAUAUUCCCAGACUCCUGCCUUCCCGGCCCAUGGAAAGCCUGCACUUCAGUGCCCUUGGGCUUGGGUGAGACCAUGUGGCCACCGAAGUGCCUCUCGUGGUGGGUCUAACCUCUCCCGAAGCUCUCUCCCUCUGGUGGCGUCACCAGCAGUGCUUGAGAUGUGGCUGCCCCUGCUGGGUCCCCUGCGACCUCUGAGUGACAUGACUUGUGAGCAGGAGACGCACACCCCUUUGUUGUUUUAUCAGAGCUGCUACUACCACCUCUCCAGACUGACCCGAAGCAAUUUUAACCACUCUAGGGGGAGGCGUUUGGCGGGUCCUCCUUUGGUGUUGAUUCUCUGCUUCAUUUAAGUGUUACCUGGCUAUGGCUACCAGUUUAGGAGGAGGUUUCAGAGCCUUUUUUGCAGCAAGGUGUGGCCAAGGACCAACGAGAUGUGAGCAGAGGCCUUGUGUGCAUCUCCCAGAUCGCCACCCUCACAGGCUCCUCUCUCCGGGGGAUGGAGCAGACACACGGGGCAGCAAGCCUUCUGAGACCUCUGGGAAGAGGGCCACCCUAGGUGCGGAAGCGACCUGGGUCUGGACCACCUCUGGAGCAGAGCCACUCAACUUCCUGAAUGCCCACCGGCUCACAUUUUUACUUGAGAGGUGCUGUGCUCUGAAUGUGUCCCCCCAGGUUCGCGUGUUGAAGUCCUAACCCCCACGCUCCAGGCCCCCAGGACUGGACCCCCAGUGGUUUCGCACGGCUCUGGGUUCCCGAGAAGUGCCCGGAUCCACAGGAUGUGCUGAAACCAAGCGGGGCCCUGUGGGCCUCCCGGGCAUGGAGGCCUUCUUGUCCCCCGUUUCUUGUAGGCAAGACUGCAGCCUCCGUGACCUCCCCUGAGUGCCAAAGGGCAGGUUUGAACAGCUGCUAAUCAAGGGAGGAGCGGCCAAGGCUAGGAGGCGAGAUCACAGGGACCCGAGAAGCUCAGCAAGGCCUCGAGAAGCUCAUCAAGGCUAGGAGGCCCGCGCCUGAGACCCCGCGGCCCCUCAUCUUGUCAGCAACCCCGCCCUUGGGAGGUAUUGUUAUAAAACUCCUUAUCAGAUCCUCCCGGGCUGGGACACAUAGUUUUUCCAAGGCAGGAACCCACUGUGUCCCCCUUUGUCUGGCAGAGUAAUAAAGCUGUCCUUUUCU